UUCAGAGUCACAUGUAAGUCUGCUGCGGUGUUGCCAAAGAGAGGCCCUAUUUUUAGGGCAGGAAUGUACACAGAGGCCUCGUGGAAAGAGACCAUAACAACAAACAGCACACCACACGCUCCUACAAAGAGACGGCCCCCUUUGGAACACGGCAGUCACACAGCAUCCACACGAGAGACAAGAAGAAGAACAGGAAAAUGUCAAGCCGUCUCAUUUGCUGCUGAGAUUUUGCUUCCACCACAGAAUAGGACACCGAGAAAACAUAUAAAAAGAGAGAAGAGGAAAAAGCAUGGACCAACCAGCAGUCGAGGUCUUCCACUACAAGGACAAGGAGCAGUCCUCUAACUUACUCCUGCAGCUCAACAGACUGAGACAGGAGAAUGUCCUGACUGAUGUGUUCCUGUGCUCGGACAACACGGAGAUCCCAUGCCACCGUAAUGUCCUGGUCUCCAGCAGCCCCUACUUCAGAGCCAUGUUCUGCAACAACUUCAUAGAGAGACAACAGACAAAGAUUGACUUGAAGGGCGUCACAUCGACCAUUCUGAGCAGCAUCAUUGACUAUGUUUACACGGGACUCAUUAGUAUCAGCAUGGAGAUCGUGCUGCCUUUGAUGCAGGCAGCAUCCAUGUUGCAAUUUGGUCGCAUUUUCGAGGCCUGUUCACAUUUCCUUCAGGAGCAGCUGAGCCCAGACAACUGUUUGAGCAUGAUAAGACUCUCUGAGAUCCUGCACUGUAACAGUUUGAGAGCCAAGGCCAAGGAGAUGGCCAUGAAGAGCUUCUCCGAUGUGUCAGCAUCUGAGGAUCUGUGUGAGCUUUCUUUACCAGAGCUCAUGGGAUAUCUUGAAGACGAUAGCCUCUGUGCGGAGGAAGAGCAAGUCUUUGAGACACUUGUUGCUUGGAUCCACCACGACCCUCUAUCAAGGCGCGGCACCAUAGGUGACCUUUUCAAGAAAGUUCGUCUGCGCUACAUCCACCCCACCUUCCUCUUCCAGUUCAUCGCCAAUGACCCUCUGAUCCAGUCCUCCACCCUAUGCACUGAGCUCAUUGACUCUGUCCGACGCCUCAUGUUCUCUGUCAGCACAAAAUGCAUUGGCGACACAGCAGCUGACUUCAAACCUCUUUGGGUUGCACCGAGGCGCUACACCUACAAUGACAUGUUGGUGGUUCUGGGUGGGAGGAAAAACAAUGAGCAGACUUCGCGGGAGGCCUUACUCUUUGAUGAGAAGAGACAGAAGUGGCAGUGGCUAGCCAAGCUGCCCAUCCGUCUGUACAAAGCCUCUUAUGUCUGCCUCCACAGUGUCCUCUAUGUUCUCGGAGGCCUGGCCACAAGCACCAACCGGGUCAACCGGACUGUCUACACCCUCUCUCUCAAGACCAACCAGUGGAGGACGGCAGAGCCCAUGCUGGAACCACGUUUCGCCCACCAGAGUGUCUCCUACCUUCACUUUAUCUUUGUCUUAGGUGGCCUUGGGCCUGACAGGCGGGUCUGUGGCAGUGUGGAGAGGUACAACAGUAUGUUCAACCAAUGGGAGUCUAUGGCACCCAUGCCUGAGGCUGUGCUGCAUCCAGCAGUGGCUGCUACUGACCAGAGGAUCUACAUGUUUGGAGGAGAAGAUGCCAUGCAGAACCCGGUCAGAAUAAUACAGGUAUAUCACAUUGCCAGGAACCUGUGGUCUAAGAUGGAGAACAGGACGGUGAAGAACGUAUCUGCACCAGCUGCAGUCCUUGACAACAAAAUCUACAUUAUUGGAGGAUACACCAGGAGAAUGAUUGCAUAUGACACCAAGGCCAACCGGUUCAUCAAGUGUGCCAACCUAAAGGAGAGGAGGAUGCACCAUUCUGCCACCGUUCUCAACAACAAGCUAUACAUCACCGGAGGGCGUUACGUCAACGGCCAUGAUGUCAUCGAGGACUCGGACAGUUUUGAGAGCUAUGACCCAAAGACAGACACUUGGACAUCCAAAGGAACUUUGCCAUACAAACUGUUUGACCACGGCUCCUUGACUCUGACAUGUGUCUCACAGAACAUGGGCAAAAUCUGAGCUGACUAGCACCUCAAAUGAAGACCUUGAAUCUUUGUUUUGACAAAAUGACAUUUUAUGGUCUGAAAAUGGAGCAGAGGAUGUGUUAACUGUAGAUAGAAAGAUUAUUCCCACUUAGGGUUAGUGAUGGCUCUGCUUCCAUGCCCCUGACAAAUCAAGUACACCUCAGCUAAGUCACAUGCUCAUAUAAAGGUGUGAUGCUUCAAACAGUGAUACUUGAGUUAUUUUAAUACCUUCACAGAAACUGCACUUUCCUGUUUUUGGUUUUGAUAUUGAUUUUGUUUACACUGGAACUCAUGAAAACAAGUGACCCUGCCGCACGAUACCAAACACAUUCUACACCUGUCUGCCUUCACAAUGGAUGAACGUCCUAUUCUCAGGCUAAAAAUAGGAUGAUCCUCCAUUGUGAAGUGAAAUUUUAGCCUGCUCUAAAUCAUGAGAUUUCACUUGUCAAGUUUAAAUUCCAGGGCUGUGUGUUGUUUGGUCUGAGUCAAAGCUAUGCUCAGCUGUUUAGAUACAGAUCUGAACCUGUUGCUCUUGCUAAUGAACUUGUAGGUCACUGAGUUGGUACUCUGUAAGCACAAUGAUGGUGAGAUUGCAGCCUUUUUUCAUGCAGCUGUAAAAACAUACUGCUGACAUGAUCAAAACAUGCUUCUUAGUUGAAAUAAUUAACUAAAAAUAGACAAUGCAUGUGAGUGGCAUUGCUAAUAUACUAUAAUUGUGUUUGACAGCAUGAUUCAAUGGUUAUUAUGGGGGAGGGGGGCAAUCAAAACAUUCCUUUAUUUUGCUGUAUGAUGCUGAUGGGAUUAUUUCAAACACUGAUCACUUAUUUCAUGAAUAUACUAGAAAAUUUGUGUGCAGUUGACGGUUUAUGCCUUCAUCUGAAGGGUGAUUUAUUUAAUACAUGAAUGCUUUGUUACAUGAAGCUAAUGGUGUGUGUGGCUGUCCCACAUUAUGAGCUGUGUAUGC